AUGGCCCCUAAAGCAGAGAACAAGCAAGGAAAGCCCAGCGCUAAGGCUGGCGCUGCUGCCAAGGCAGUCUUGAAGGGUGCAGGCGCGCACAAGACUCGCAAGAUCCGCACCUCGACCACCUUCCACCGCCCCAAGACCCUUCAGCUGUCCCGGUCCCCCAAGUACCCCCGCAAGUCCAUCCCUCACGUCCCUCGCCUCGACGCUCACAAGGUCAUCCUCUACCCUCUAAACACUGAGAGCGCCAUGAAGAAGAUUGAGGAGAACAACACCCUUGUGUUCAUCGUGGACGUUAAGGCCAACAAGCGACAGAUCAAGGUGGCUCUUAAGAAGCUGUACGAUGUUGACACCGUCAAGGUCAACACCCUUGUCCGACCUGAUGGACUGAAGAAGGCCUACGCCCGACUAACCCCCGAUGUCGACGCUCUUGACAUUGCUGCUACCAAGCUCGCUAUUGUCUAGAUGAUUGGUUUUUCUUUGGGUCUGGGAAACGGUUCUCUUUUGCGCGGUGGCUCAUAAUCAGCCUUACAGUUAGCUCCUGUUGUGCAAUAACCAAUGGCUGAAUGAUUGUUAAAAAGAAAAAAGAAUUAUUUGAACGCACGAAUCUAUCCUGAAUAGAUAUUUAUAUAAUCCCUCUUUAAGAUGGUUUCUGGGAUUCAAGUAGAUGCAUAAUAAUGGUGGGUAAUCAUAACUCAACUACGG